AUGUCAGAGUUAACAAGUAAUGAAAUUGUAAAUUUGAGUAAUUCCUUGGAAUAUCCAAUCGAUUUCGAAUCGAAUAUAGAUGCACUACUCUCUGAUUCAGAUUCAUUCUACAAGUUGGUAAAGAAGAAUAACAACAACAGUAAUGCUAAAUAUGACCAAAAACAAUCGAUACAGUUUGCCGAUAUGAAACAUGCAGUGUCAUGGCUCAAUGCAAUGACUCUCAGUACUUUCUUGGAUGGUGCAGAGCGUCUACUCUACUCACGUCUCGGUCGUCAGUCACAACCACUCACCAAGAUACAAUCGUUGGUGAUCGGACAAAUCAAUGCAGAGCUGUUGGACAAUCAUUUCUCUAAAUAUAAACCAUUCCAAGUGACCACUGACUUUGAAACGAUCACUGUGCAUGGUGAACGUCACUCUAUCCCCAUCAAGUGUCAUCGUUACAAAUUGUUAGACUAUGAGAAAGGUCUUGGAUUGCCAGCACUCAUCACUCUCAAUUGGCAGGCACUCGAAGACGUCAUUGAAAACAAUGAUAAAAUUUUAGAUACAACAGUAAUUCGUUAUAUCGACAUCACUUUUAGAGCAAACACAAAAACAGGUAUAGUAGAUGUUGAUUAUCUAAUGUUAUCACAACCCCAAAGACAAUAA